AAGCCCUUCUUCUUAUUCUUUACAUCCGUCGCCAAGUUCAGCUCCAGCGAUAUAAGCAGAAGAAGGAACUGGAGAACAGGUUAGCCUCUAUGAGAACCUUUGUGGAGAGCGGGCAAGCAGAUGAGGAUCAGAUACGGGAAUUUUACAUACUACAAAUCCGGAAAUGGAUCAACACCAGCCUGGAGGAAAUUGAGAGUAUUGAUCAAGAAAUGGUCAUCUUGAGGAGCAGAGGUACAGCGAAACAGUCUUCAGCACAACCACACAGUACUUCUCGGCAAGUCAGGGCUCCGUUGAAACCUUUCAUUCUUGCCCGGGAUGCUGCUCAGGCUAAAGUGUUUGGUGCUGGAUAUCCUGGCCUGCCCACUAUGACUGUGGAUGACUGGUAUGAGCAGCGCAGAAGGCAAGGAGUCGUGUCUGGUCAGUGUGUGCCGCAGAGAAUGCCAGCAGGUAUAACUGAUGAAGAGUUGCAAAAGCAGCAGCAGGAGAAAAAAGAGGAGGAGGAGGAUGAAGAAGCUCUUCAAAAAGCUCGGAACUGGGAUGACUGGAAAGAUACACACCCAAGAGGGUACGGCAACCGCCAGAAUGUGGGCUGAUGCCCUCGCUGCAGAGUGAGCAGGGCCUGGAAAUCCUGUAAGAAUUGCCUGUGCCCUGGAAGAUAUAGGAGUAAAUACACUGUACAUAUGCAGAGAUAUCCGUGGCUUCUCUGGGAGGCGCUGGAUUCAGAGGAGUAAACAUGACCGUUUGCUUUGGUUUACAUUAAAUGUCAGGCUGAGUGCACUGGUCAUGUACAGUGAUACCACAGAGCUCCUGUCAGGUGGAACUCUUUCUGAGGGGUCAGACUGCCUCUGUUCUCCCAGUCAGAGGAAGUCCUUGAAAGAAAAGUACGUGAAUUUGGAAACUGCUCUUUGUAUUGUGGGUGGAUGUAUUUAUUUUUUUUUCCUCUAUAUUUUAAGCAAAAUAAAAUCUCUUGUGCUGCC